AUGUCUCAAUGCACGAAAGCUAGUAGUAUCGAAGCUACACAUUCAUGUUCGUUUCAAAGCGAGUGCAGGUGUGGGCUUAAAGCUCCAUUAUUGACCUCAUGGACCGAUUCGAACCCAGAUCGAUGUUUUUUUGGGCAUGGGAUGUACAAGGUACAAGGUCAUAAAAGGUGUAGCCGUUAUGUUUGGUAUGAUGAUGAACUGUCUUCAAGAGCCAAGGAAAUUAUUUCUUCACUGCAGAAAAAGUUGGAUCAAAAAAGGGCAAGAGUGGAUGAAGAUAAUAUUAAAGUAGCAAAAGUGAAGAUGAAGUUGAAUGCAAUGAACUUAAUGAUGAAAUUCUCUGUUUCAAUGACAUAUGUUUUGGCAGUAGGGCUAGUGAUGUUAAAUGUAAUGAAGUAG